ACAUAUUAUACAUGAAUUAGGACCAAAACAGAUCAAGCUCCAUACAUUGAGAGCCAUUUCGACUACAUAUUAUAUACAUCAAGGACCAAAAUGGAUCAACCUCUAAACAUUAAGGACCAUUUUGAACAUUUUUGACUAUGUGCCCAAUUUGCCGCACCCCUCGGAGUGCAGCGUCGAAACUCCACCGCCCCCACAAUCAAAAUCAAAGUUCCAUUCUUUACAGUACUAAGCUUUCUUCAUCCACAUUCAUGGCUAGUCAAUCCCUCAAGCGUUUGUUGGAUAUAAGCAUUGGUCUGUCAAAGAAACAGGCGUGCAACCGGAAAUUUGUCUACAACAUUCUCAGCAGGUGUCAAUCAAAUUCUUCAAACACAGAUGGACAUAAUCCCGAAGAAAAGAGCAUAAGCCAUGCACCAGGGCGCAGUAAAUACGAUCUUGACAAUGAUGGUUUUCAUGAUAAUAAGUGGAAACUAGAGCUUGCUUGGCUCUCUAAAGCUGUUGAACCUGCGGUCCAACUCUGCAGAUGGGCUUUGUCAACAGGAAAUGGAAAUGGAGACAAACUUCCACCGACCAAUAAAUCUCUUGCAGAGAUAUUUGCCAGCAUUCAACGUAGUAAAUUGGGACUUCAGGACUGGAGUCUCACUGAUCUUACCAUAGGCCUAUAUCUCAUAUAUCUUCAGCAAGCAUCCACCAGUCCUGUUGAGGAUGUUAAGGGUGAACAGAUAUGCUCUGACUUGAUAGUUCAAGAUCUUAUCUACCACACUGAACUGGCUAAGGGUGCUUAUAAAGAUUGCACUACUGCACUUGCAAGGAAUUGUAUGCUCCGGGAAAGUAAUGUUGUCAAAUUCAUAAAAAAUUCCAGUGUGUUGAGGCCUGGAUAUUAUAUAGGAAUUGACAAGCGGAAAAAGCUUGUUAUUCUUGGAAUUCGUGGAACUCAUACCGUAUAUGAUCUUAUAACUGACAUUGUUUCUUCAAGUCAUGAAGAAAUCACGCUUGAGGGUUACUCCACUCACUUUGGAACUGCUGAGGCUGCUCGUUGGUUCCUUGCUCACGAGAUGCACACCAUAAGGAACUGCCUUGAGAAACACAAGGGAUUUAGGUUAAGGCUUGUUGGUCAUUCCCUUGGAGGUGCAACAGCUUCUUUGCUGGCUAUCAUGCUUCGGAAUAUGUCGACCCGAGAACUUGGUUUUAGUCCUGAUAUUGUUUCAGCAGUCGGAUAUGCUACGCCGCCAUGUGUUUCUAGAGAACUUGCGGAAAGUUGCUCUCAAUAUGUCACAACAGUGGUAAUGCAGGAUGAUAUAAUUCCAAGGUUAAGUACCGCCUCCCUCACGAGACUUAGGAAUGAAAUUCUUCAAACUAACUGGGUGAGCGUUCUUCAGAAGGAAGACUGGAGAGGUGUCGUAGACUUGUUUACAAAUGCAAAACAGGUCGUAUCUUCUGUGCAAGAUGUAGCUCGGAGACUCGCCGAUUAUGCUAAAUUACGAGGUCAAACUACCGACUCUGGGUCUACGGUUCCACUUGUUUCUAAUACCACCAACUCCGAAGGCAAUACAUCUUCUCUUGUGAGACAGGAAGGCGAUGCUGAGUUGUUUGUACCCGGAAGUCUUUAUAUUUUGAAGAGAAAUUCAAACGCGAGAAGCGGAGGUAACAGUGCAGAAUGUUUCACACUUUGGAAGAGACACUCAGGGGAGCAUUUUCAGAGGAUACUGCUCUCAAAUAACAUAAUUUCUGAUCACAAGUGUGAUAGCCAUUAUUAUGCAUUGAGGGAUGUUCUUAAAGGUUUGCCUGGUCCAACCGGUGAAGCUAUUUUCUGAUGAAUUAAUUUCACAUAUUUUCUCAGCUUGUGUAAAAUAAUGGUCUCAUUAGCCCACGGCUUGUGGGAGAUAGCUGAUCCCCUUGAGAAUAGUUGAGGUACGUGCAAGCUGACCCUUAUCAGAAAGAAGAAGCAAAUAAUGGCCUCGUUUACAUUGUCCUCAAAGGUGAAAAUUGUUUGUAGUCUUUUGUUCUAUUGGUGAUACCAUAAUACCCGGAAAUCUUACUAUCUGUUCUUGAUUUUCAUUAAAGGUAUUUUUUUUUUCCAAACUUGUACUGCUAUUACAAGAAUAUCCAAAAGGCAACCAAGCUAUGUAUUUUUUGACAAUAUAGAAAGUUCCCAAUGACCAACAGCUAUAAUUUGACAAGCUAAUGGGAUUUUUUUUUAUAAAAAAUGUUUUUGUCUUGUACAAUUUCUGAAA